ACAAAAACUGUCUGAUACCGGCACAAAGGAGAAGUGGAAAUCCUGAGUGAGAUGAGAGAAGCCUGCGACGCUCCUCAGAGGAAGAGCUCGAGACACAACGCUUAAGAGGAAGAAGAAGAAGAGGAAAAAGGGACAGAUCAUGAAGUCAGAAUAAUAAAGACAUUCAUCUUAUUACAAAUCCAGAGAGCAAGAAGAUUCAAGCAAACUUCAGUUCUACUGCUGGAAGGAAGGAUGUUGCUACAUGGUCCGGACUCUGUGAGGCAUGGACUUCUUGUGAAACUUUUGGUCCUUUGGAGGUGAAACAAUCCAAAACACAUCUCUGAGUUUGGACAAAGGGACAAAAUCUAUUCAUGAGGACAGCCUUCUGAAAGUUUUAAAUGAGGAUAACCCAACACCUUAUGCCGAUAAUGGACCAUACGAGUGAGAAGGAUUUUUAUUGGACUCAUUUAACUGAGUGAGUAAAAGGGAGUCUGUAUCUGGUGGGCUGCAGCCUGGUGAAGGGAGCCUAAGCAGGGGGAGGGGAAGAAUCACCAGCCUGGAUAUCUGUCCUCUGGGAGGAAUCUUUUCAGUGUUCAUCAAGCUCCAAAAGUAAGUACUCCAAGAGAGGAAAGAUAAUCAAAUCUACAAUCCCCCAACCAGAAGAACUAUCCCUGCUGAUGGCUUGACAGUGCCUUGUUGUUUUCGACUGCUCUGGUUUUUGCUUCUCGCUUUUGGACAGUUGCUUUGUCUCAGAAUGAAUAACACUACAAGCCUGUUGGACAAUUCAAACUGCAGCAAGAAUGACAUGUUCAAAUACCCCCUGUACAGCACAGUCUUCAGCAUCGUGUUUGUGGUCGGACUCAUCACAAAUGUGGUGGCCCUUUACAUAUUUACAUGUUCUCUGAAAUUGAGGAAUGAGACCACCACAUACAUGAUGAACCUGGUGGUGUCUGACUUGCUGUUUGUCUUCACACUGCCUCUGAGGGUCUUCUACUUCAUCAACAAGAACUGGCCCUUUGGGGGGAUUUUCUGCCAGAUCUCCGUCUCGCUCUUCUACACCAACAUGUAUGGCAGCAUGCUCUUUCUCACGUGCAUUAGCGUGGACCGUUUCCUGGCCAUCGUGCACCCCUUUCGCUCGAGGAUGCUCAGGACCAAACGCAACGCCAGGAUAGUGUGCGCUGCCGUGUGGGUGCUGGUACUUUCGGGGAGCCUCCCCACUGGGUUUCUGCUAAAUAGUACCACAAAGGACACUCAUGGGAACACUUUCUGCUUUGAGAACUUUUCAUCCAAUAUCUGGAAAUCCCAUCUGUCUAAAGUGGUGAUCUUUAUAGAGACAGUUGGUUUCCUCAUUCCUCUUCUACUCAACGUUUGUUGCUCCAUCAUGGUGUUACAGACGCUGCAGCGCCCUCAGACCAUCAGUCGUGGGGGAAAGGUGAACAAAACCAAGAUUCUGCGGAUGAUAAUCGUGCACUUGUGUAUCUUUUGCUUUUGCUUCAUCCCCUAUAACAUCAACUUGGUGUUUUAUGCUCUGGUCCGCACCAGAACCAUAAAGGGAUGCUUCCCUGAGUCGGUGGUUCGAACAAUCUUCCCAAUAGCCCUUUGCAUUGCUGUGUCCAACUGUUGCUUUGAUCCCAUCGUGUACUACUUCACCUCAGAGACAAUCCAGAACUCCUUCAAGAGGAAGUCUCAGGCCACCCGUUCAUUUGAUGUCAAGUUCUCCGAGGCCAUGCAGUCUGAGAGCAGCCCCAGUUUGCAAUGGAGCCUAAAGAAUCUGAAAGCUAAGGUCUUCCACAAUGAGUCUUCUGUAUGAAAAUUCUCAAUUACUUUUCUUAGAAGAGUUUUUCCUAUUUUGGACUUCAUCUCAGGGCAAAUUCUUUAAACUAUGGAUUUAACAACCUCUGCUUUGCAGUAUUACCACUUCACCCUGCUCUCACAAGUGAGGAUUUGUUACGACUACUUACCCAUUUCUGUUUCCUGUGGAUUAUACUGUAAUUGUGUUUAACACAGUUACUCAGCCUGUGAUGCAUUAGGGGAAUAUGAUCACCGAACUGCAGCACAGUUUUGAUAUUAACAUAUUAAUGUACCUGUAUAGCUGUAUAUAUGUAUGGUAUAUUGUGGUGCUAACUUUAGAAUGUUAUCUAUUAAGUUAACAAAGAGUUAAGCUACAGAGCUUUUUGUAUGUUCGGUAUUAAAAGUCAUUCUGUAAUUCA